AUGGACGCUGACGAAGGUUCUCCUGCUACCUCCCCGCCGCCCUCGGCGCCCACUUCGCCCCCCGUCGAAGAGCCUUCAUCUGACUCCUACCAAGCUGGCGGUGCCCCUUCGGCUCCCUCCAGUGAUCUUAGGAACAUUGUUCGCCGCAAGCUUACUGGCUAUGUCGGCUUUGCCAACCUGCCUAACCAAUGGCACCGCAAGAGUGUCCGCAAGGGCUUCAACUUCAACGUGAUGGUUGUUGGUGAAUCUGGACUCGGAAAGUCGACCUUGGUCAACACGCUCUUCAACACUUCUCUCUACCCUCCCAAGGAGCGCAAGGGCCCUAGCUUGGACAUCAUCCCGAAGACGGUUACUAUUCAGUCCAUCAGCGCCGACAUUGAGGAGGCUGGCGUCCGCCUUCGCUUGACCGUCGUCGACACCCCUGGAUUCGGUGACUUCGUCAAUAACGAUGAGUCCUGGCGCCCGAUUGUCGACAACAUUGAGCAGCGUUACGACGCUUACCUCGACGCCGAGAACAAGGUCAACCGCAUGAACAUUGUCGACAACCGUAUCCACGCCUGCGUGUUCUUCAUCCAGCCCACUGGCCACUCCCUCAAGCCCCUUGACAUCGAGGUCAUGCGCCGCCUUCACACCAAGGUCAACCUGAUUCCUGUCAUCGCCAAGGCCGACACUCUUACCGACGAGGAGAUUGCCAACUUCAAGUCCAGAAUUCUCUCCGACAUCAAGCACCACGGUAUCCAGAUCUUCGAGGGCCCGCGCUACGAGCUUGACGACGAGGAGACCAUUGCCGAGAACAACGAAAUCAUGUCCAAGGUUCCCUUCGCUGUCGUUGGUGCGACUAACGAGAUCACUAACGCCGACGGCCGCAAAGUCCGUGGACGUAGCUAUCCUUGGGGUGUCAUCGAAGUCGACAACGAGGAGCACUGCGACUUUGUCAAGCUCCGCCAGAUGCUCAUUCGGACGCACAUGGAGGAGCUCAAGGAGCACACCAACAACAGCCUGUACGAGAACUACCGUACCGACAAGCUCAUUGGUAUGGGCGUGUCGCAAGACCCCAGCGUUUUCAAGGAGGUCAACCCUGCUGUCAAGCAGGAGGAGGAGCGCGCCCUGCACGAGCAGAAGCUCGCCAAGAUGGAGGCCGAGAUGAAGAUGGUCUUCCAGCAAAAGGUUGCCGAGAAGGAGAGCAAGCUGAAGCAGAGCGAAGAGGAGCUCUACUCCCGCCACAGAGAGAUGAAGGAGCAACUGGAGCGCCAACGCAUGGAGCUCGAGGAGAAGAAGCAACGAGUCGAGAGCGGCCGGCCCAUCGAGAAGGAAGGCAAGCGGAAGGGCUUCUCGCUCCGUUAA